GAGAGUUAAUACACAAAGGCUUUUUCUUCGCUGCUGCGGAAUUCUCUUCUCCUUUCUUUCCAACCACAAAAAAGCACACGCACUUCAUCCGCAGCAGCGUUCAAGAAGCUUUCUUUCUCUCAUAAAAGAAGAAAAUGAGUCGCUCUUUCUCAAACGCUAAGCUUUUCUCUUCUUUUCUUGUCGAUGGAAUCUCUAACGUUAUCUCAAGACGAGGAUAUGUGGCGACAUCGCAAGGAUUGUUGUCAAAUGGAGUAAAGGAAGCAGCAGCAGCAAGAAACGCCGCGGUGUUUAAGAUAACAGGGGAAGACAUGGCGGCGGCGGCAACUAAAGAGAACGUGAACUGGGUUCCCGACCCCAAAACCGGAUUCUACAGGCCGGAGAACUCCGACAGCGAGAUUUGCCCGGCCGAGCUCAGAGCAACGCUCUUAAAGAGGAACUAAAUAAAACACACAUUCAUAUAUCUGUAUUGGGACAAUGAGAUUAUAAGUGCCGUAGGGGCUUUUUUGGUAUCUGAAGUGGCUUGUUUUGUUUGUUUCUUUGUCUUUGGUGAUAGUAAUGUUUGUUUCUGUUUUGAGAAUUACAACCAAUAAAUAGCAGGG